AUAUUCAGUCCGAAUGAACAGCAGCAAAAUUAUCAAGGACCAGCUAUUUCAAGUAUCUGCUUGUUAAACCCAAAAUGUCUCUUCCAGUCCAGUCGCUGGGGCUGGGCGAUACCUUGAAGAGCUACUCGUGCUUUACCUGUCGCCAACGCAAGGUUAGAUGCGAUCGUCGCAGUCCCUGUUCCAAUUGCGUCAAAACAGAAAAACAAUGCAGUUUUAUCCCCCCAGUUAGAGGUAAACGAAAAAGAACAAAGCCCCUGAGAGAAGGACUCCAUGCGAAACUAAAACGGUACGAAGAGCUGUUGCGUUCGCAUGGUGUCAAAGUCGAGCCAUCAUCUGAUGAUGGGGAAGAUUCCGACUCUGAAGCUGCAUCUCAGCAUGACACCGAGAUGAAGGAUGUUGUCAAACCCCGAAGCAAAUUUCUCGAAAUGGACGAUUCCAAUUCAAAGCUCAUAACGAAAGAGGGCAGCUCCAGAUAUUUUGACAGUGCCCCGUGGUCUAAAUUAGGAGAAGAAUUUCAACAUCCAGAGAUGGGAGACAUUGAUGAACCAAUAGAAGAGUCAAAUACUCUGGAACUUGGUAUUUUUUUCGAACCGGAAAGCAAUCACAAACCUGAAAGUCUGAUAAGUCUUCACCCGUCGUCUCAAGCACUACCAAAAUUAAGAGAGAUAUAUGCCGAUCGGGUUGAUCCCUGGAUCAAGAUCCUGCAUCUUCCAACUUUUUGGGCUGCGUUAACGGAUGGCGUACGACAUCCUCAAAUCAUGCCUAAAAGUCUUGAGGCGGCAUUAUUUGCUUUCUAUCUCGCUACAGUGAGCGCUCUGUCAGAGAACGAGUGUCAGGAAGUAUUUGGGGCACAAAAAGAGGUCAUAUAUUCUCGUUAUAGAGCUGCGACCCGCCAAGCGUUAGUGAAUGCUCGAUUCUUAUCAACAUCUAGCCAAAUGACUCUUCGGGCAUUCACUCUCUUUAUUAUGUGCGUCAGGAACACCUAUCGAGUCGAUACCUUAUUUGUUCUGUCCGGAAUCGCUAUAAGACUUGCACGCAAAAUGGGGCUCCAUCGAGACGGAACAUCUCUUGGGCUAUCUCCAUUCGAUACAGAAAUGCGGAGGCGACUCUGGUGGCAUCUUGUUCGCGUUGAUUUUCGUACUGCUGAUGUAUUGGGCACCCGGCCCUCUAUGGAUCUGUCUUCGGGCGAUACCCGAAAACCCCUAAAUGUCGAAGAUGAGGACCUCAACCCGGAUAUGGUGGAUCAGCCACCAGAGCGAAACGGGAUUACUUCAAUGACCCUCUGUUUAAUUCAAUGCGAGACUAUGGAGACUUUGCAAAGAUUCUCAACAUCGUCUCCUGGCAAUGUUCGUUGGGAAAUCCUCUUUAGUGGGGAUAUCAGCGUCGCCAAGAAGGACAGCAUCAUUAAUCAAAUUGAAGACCAUAUGGAAAGAAAGUACUUACGCUACUGUGACCCGUCAAAUUCCCUUCACAUCAUGGCAUCGAUCAUGAUCAGAUCGUCAUUAUGCAAGAUGAAACUGUUCGCUCAUACCCGCAGGCAAUUUGCCAACAAUGCCACUCAAACCUCACAACGUGAGCGCAACAUAGUAUUUGAGAACGCUAUCAAGCUGUUGGAGUAUGUCGCUUUGCUAAAAGGGGGCCAACACGGACUGGAAAAAUACAUGUGGCAGAUUGGCACAAGCUACCUCUGGAACGCAAUUCUUUACGUGCUCAUCGAAACUCGACAUCGCAAAACAGGGUCCGAAGUGAACCGAUCCUGGCAACUGAUUGGAGAAGUGUUAUCACACUACCCGCAGGUGUUCGAACAGUGCUCCGGGUCUGUAUAUACUGCUCUAGGCAAGUGGAUUCUAGAAGUUUGGGAUAAUUAUGUCACUGCUUCGAACGCCGAAGGCAUUCCAGAACCAUUAACCCCUGCAUAUAUCAGUGCAAUCCGUCAGUGCAGAAGACCAGAAACAGGCCCCAACCAUCCAUCAUCAGAUUCUGGACCUCCUACGGGAGCUUCACUCGGUGAUCGAUGUGAAUCCAAUCUCACUGAUGUAGCAUCAUUUGUAUCCUAUGAUUUCCCGGAUCUUCUCUCCUUUGAGACGGACCCUAACGAAUGGGUGCAGUGGGAGCAGCUGAUCGCAAAGCAAGAACUCGUCCAAGUUGACGGUAUGUAA